UAGCAACAUUGAUCAAACACAAAUUUUUAUAGGUUAUGCUCAUUGAUAAUGUUAUUUAGAGACUAAAAUUCCUUAAUGAAAAUGUUAAUUUGAAAUAGAAAUGUUUUUUGUUUAUUGGACAAUGUCAUGCAUGUUAAUUUACGGUUUCGAGAAGAGAAUGAUUUGAGAUAUGUAACAUUUCAGUGGAUGUCAGUGUUAUAAAAAUGAAUGGAGGUUAAGUUGUCAACACCGAGAAGUAUACGAAAUUUCUUAAAUUCUUCAAGCGCAUGUUUUCAAUAAUAAUAAGUUGUUGGAGGAAAAUUAAAUAAAAUUUAGGGAGAAAUCGUAAACAAGAGAACAUGUUUAAGAAUACUUUUCAAAGUGGAUUUCUAUCGAUCUUAUAUAGUAUCGGUAGUAAGCCUUUGCAGAUUUGGGAUAAAAAAGUACGGAACGGACAUAUAAAACGAAUUACGGAUAACGAUAUACAAAGUUUAGUAUUGGAAAUAUUGGGUAGUAACGUUAGUACUACAUAUAUCACAUGUCCAGCAGACCCCAGAAAAACGUUGGGUAUAAAAUUGCCAUUUCUGGUGAUGAUUAUUAAGAAUUUAAAAAAAUACUUCACGUUUGAAGUCCAGGUAAUUGAUGACAAGAAUGUUCGGCGUAGAUUUCGAGCUAGUAAUUAUCAAUCUACAACUAGAGUGAAACCAUUUAUUUGUACAAUGCCAAUGAGAUUGGACGAUGGAUGGAAUCAAAUUCAAUUUAACUUAGCUGAUUUUACUAGACGUGCAUAUGGAACAAAUUAUGUGGAAACGUUAAGAGUUCAGAUUCAUGCAAAUUGUAGAAUACGAAGAGUAUAUUUUUCUGAUAGAUUAUAUUCCGAAGACGAAUUACCCGCAGAAUUUAAGUUAUUCUUGCCAAUUCAGAAUAAAGCAAAAUGUUAAAUUAGCUGAAAUUUAAUAAUACUUUACAAGAUUUUUAAACAUAAAGUAAUAAUCCAUUAUUAAUCAUAAAUUAAUCGAUUUUGUGAUACUGAUUUUCAUUUAACAUUUAUUUAAUAAAUAUAUCAUUUUUACUUUGACAAAUCUUUUUUUGCAUGUCACGAUACUAAUAGUAACACGACAAUGUUUGAGAAAAAAUGAUACUGCAUUAAUGUAUAUAUUACAUGAAAUACAUAAAAAUGAUUCCUUUCAUAGUUGUAUGCAAUUUAUAUUUACUUAAUUGUUUGUGAGCUUAACUUCUGUAUUCUGAGUAAAAUAAACCUAAUAUGUAUUAAUUAAU